GAAACAGAAUCAGGAUGAUACUGAUGAUGAUCUGGAAAUUGCCAUCGAUAACACAGCUUUUAUGGAUGAGUUCUUUGCAGAGAUUGAAGAAACACGGCAAAAUAUUGAUAAAAUUGCUGAGAAUGUAGAAGAAGCAAAAAGACUGUACAGCAUUAUCCUGUCUGCCCCUAUCCCUGAACAAAAGACAAAAGAUGAUCUGGAUCAGCUCACAGCAGAAAUCAAGAAAAUGGCGAACAGUGUCCGAAACAAACUUAAAAGCAUGGAGCGGAACAUUGAAGAAGAUGAAGUCCGGUCAUCAGCAGAUCUGCGGAUACGAAAAUCCCAGCAUUCAGUUCUUUCUCGAAAGUUUGUUGAAGUGAUGACGAAGUACAAUGAGGCUCAGGUCGACUUCCGGGAACGGAGCAAAGGAAGGAUCCAGAGGCAGCUUGAGAUUACUGGGAAGAAUACAACAGAUGAGGAGCUGGAGGAAAUGCUAGAGAGUGGGAAUCCUGCAAUAUUCACAUCCGGGAUAAUGGAUUCUCAGAUUUCAAAGCAGGCAUUGAGCGAGAUUGAAGGGCGGCAUAAGGACAUUUUGCGGCUUGAAAGUAGUAUCAAGGAGCUUCAUGACAUGUUUGUGGACAUUGCCAUGCUGGUGGAAAACCAGGGAGAAAUUGUAGAUAAUAUAGAACUCAACAUGAUGCACACAAUAGAUCACGUAGAGAAAGCUCGUGAAGAGACUAAAAAGGCCUUGAAAUAUCAGAGUAAGGCACGCAAGAAGAAGAUUAUGAUCAUGAUAUGCUGUAUCAUUCUUGUCAUCAUCCUGGCCUCCACUAUCGCAGGUUUCAUUGCCUGAGCACCUGGGUCCUAUUCCCUUGCUACUUGCCUCAGGGUAGCUUUGCGAGAUGGCUUCUCUUCUUUCACUUUCUUUGGGUCUCAUAAUCUCCACCACUUCCUCUUCAUGGAGAGGUUGCCAAUCAUUUACCCUUCAAAAUGUUUUAACCGAACAUGAAAAAGGGGCAAAAGGAGCCUGAACAAGGGUCUCAAAUUAGAAUACAAGCAUGGAAGUCCCUGAGAUGAGUAUGUGUGGAAGCAGUUACAGCAAAGGGGACACAUUCUUCAUUUCUUGCUCCAGUCAAGCUCCAUUUUCAUUGGUUCAUUUUCUUCAGUGUCUCAAAAUUCUUAUUGAACGUCCAGUCUGUUUAUGUUGGCUCCUUCUGCCCAAUGGAUCACUUCUGUAAUGAAACCAAAUUCUUCAAAGAGCAUCUUCAUGUAC